AUGUCUGAAGGAGGACCGCCCGCCAAGAAACGACGACUCAACUGCAACGGACAGCAGCUGGACCAGGCCACUGAGGACGUAGCCAUGGCAGAGGAGGAAAUAGACGAGGGCCUGUACUCCAGGCAACUGUAUGUCUUGGGUCACGAUGCCAUGAAGAAGAUGGCCGGCUCCAAUGUCCUCAUUUCAGGGAUGAAAGGACUCGGAGUGGAAAUUGCUAAGAACGUAAUCCUGGCUGGCGUGAAAUCAGUCACUCUUCAUGACCCAGACACUGUCAAAAUACAACACCUCUCCUCACAGUACUUUCUGAGCGAGGGGGAUGUGGGUAAGAACGUUGCAGCUGUCAGUCAACCCAAACUGGCGGAGCUCAACUCCUACGUAAAGGUCAAAGUCCUGGAGAAGAAAAGCUGA